UUUCCAGUCUUUUUCUCCUCUCUGUGGGUGUUUUGUGUCACUAACUGUUCCGCAGCUUCAGUGUUUUUCUAAGCAAAUUCUGCAGCAGCUUCGUGGCCUUUUCAUUGGCUGAAACCACAGUCAGAUUCUCCUGCGGAAUUAUCUGAUUGAAAAUCAGGGAGGAGAAAGACAGAAAGAGCAACAAGUGGAAGUUUUAACGCUGCUUUGCUUUUAGAACUUUGAGGAAAAGGAUUUUUUGCGAUGCGUUUCUCCUCAACUGGACAGAUUUUUUUAAUAAGGAAACUUUGUUUGUUUUUGGUGUUGGGAGGCUGUUCAGUUAACGGAUCAACAUGCCUCGUUCAUUUCUGGUGAAAAACAAAAGGUGUACAUCUUAUAAUGUCCACAGAUCCUAUGAAGACGAGCAGAACCUCUCCAUAUGUGCUGAAAUCCCAGCAGAGGUUCAGACCACAGACUCUUCAGAAAGGCGUCCGUCUUCACCUGCAGGUCAUUGCUCACCUGAAAAGGAUGAAGCGGAGUGUGAAGGCACUCUACCUGUUCACUCAGAGCCAACCAGACCUCCGGUAGCUCCCACACAGCCCUACUACAUAACAGAGCCUCACAUGGCCGAGUUCCCUCCCUACUAUAAGUCCACUUUCACCUGGGAGUCUCCGUCCUAUGACCUCCGUCAGAUGAGCUUCAGCCCCACGGUGUUGCAGCACGCCAGCAAUCUGUACGGAAACCACAUCCGGAGCAGCCCUCAGCCGGAUCAGCCUCUGGACUGCAGCACCCACUACUCCCCCACCUCCAACACCUACCACUGCAUCACCUGCGACAAGGUGUUUUCGACGCCUCACGGACUCGAAGUUCACGUCAGGAGGUCUCACAGCGGCAUGAGGCCUUUCGGAUGCAGCAUCUGCAGGAAAACCUUCGGUCACGCCGUCAGUCUGGAGCAGCACAUGAACGUCCACUCACAGGAAAAAAGCUUCGAGUGUAAGAUGUGUGGGAAAUCCUUCAAGCGCUCGUCCACUUUGUCCACACACCUGUUGAUCCACUCGGACACGAGGCCGUAUCCCUGCCAGUACUGUGGGAAGAGAUUCCACCAGAAGUCGGACAUGAAGAAACACACGUACAUCCACACCGGCGAGAAGCCCCACAAAUGCCAGGUGUGUGGCAAAGCUUUCAGCCAGAGCUCCAACCUGAUCACACACAGCAGGAAGCACACGGGAUUCAAACCGUUCGGCUGCGACGUUUGCUCAAAGGGCUUCCAGCGAAAGGUGGAUCUCCGUCGGCACCACGAGAGCCAACAUGGAAUGAAAUAGCAGCUUUGAAUUAACAUUUACAAUAAGUUUCUGUUAAAUAAAAGAUCUAUGAAGAUUAACCACAGGAAUAAAGUUCACUGAAGGCCUGUUUGAGAUAAUAUAUAGGAAGAAAAAUGCGUUUACGUGUGGAUAAAAGGGAGAAAUGUCAUUGAGAUCCAUUGUAAUUUUGUAUAAUAUAUUUAAAUAAGCUGUGUGUGAUGUAAACUGGUUGAUAAAUGCUGAAUAAAGGGUGAACCGAGAAGCAGAAACUUUGUUUUUUCUUGAAGAUUAAGUGAAAUACAACCGUCAGACCUGCAUAGCUACAAGGUAGAACAUGCUGUUUGUCUACGAUGAGCACUGUAAACACAGUUUUUCUCCCUGUUUGAGUCUUUCUGUGUGUUUUUCUGACUCAUUUUCCUGUAACAGCAGGAUGUAGAAUAAUGGCCCCGUGUAGAAAUCAGCAGCAGAUAGUGGAGUAAUAAUCCUGCAUUCAAAUGACACACCUGGAACGCCAUGCAAAUCUGAAACUAGGAAGAUAUCCAGUCCAUGGAGUCGGCUAGAAAGUCGAUGUGUGAUGUUUUGUUCUACACUCAGCAGUGAAAAUCAGCUCCAUAAUCUCAGUUUUUAAGAAAAAAUCCCACUUGCACAAACUGUCCGUCGGUCAGUCGAUCCAGUGGAGCUGCUCGGCCUCACAUUGAUUUUAUUGGGAUUAAUGGGAGCCUGGUGGAAAAGGCGUUGAUGACUUAGCCAACUGUCACCACACCCGGCCGGCCUGCUGGAUUUAACUCCACAAACAAACGAAGACUCACCUCCUUCCUCAAACACCGAAACCUGUCAGGACGCUAAGCUGCUCAAGGCAAAUCAGAUCUUCACCUGCAGCUGUUAAAUCUGACGACAACGACGAGAAACGCAGAACGAAUCUGAUGCAACACGAUAAAAGCUCAGUUUUUCAUAAAAAUAAUGACUUAAAAUGAGCCAAAUCUUUAUCAUUGUGUUUAACUUCACUCCUUAAUGCUGUCAUGAUAUCAGUAUUUCACUACAACUUUAUCAGGACCCAAACAAAAUUAUCAUAACAAUAGUAUCGCAAUGUUUCAAUAAAAAAAUCACAAAAAUUUG